AUGAUUGGCAACUUUGCCUUCUACAGCUGUAUCGCCUUGGUAGAAGCAAUUCUUACGGCAACGUCCAUAUUGGAGAUUCCCUGGUGGGGGUUCUUUGAAUGUGACUCCCUUCAAACUAUAAAGCCUUCCGUGGCUGCAGUGCUCUUGCAAACCUUGUGCUUCCGAAAGGUUCCAGAGCCGAAUGAACCAAACAGUUUCAAGAAGAAUACACUAUUACAAGAUUGCUUCGGCGAAGCAGCAGAGUCCACUGUCGCCGGUUUGGUUCACCGCUUUGACUCUUCUCCUGUACACAAGAUAUGCUACGACCAUUCCGCGACCACUGCUCAGGAGCUGCGACAGUGCAUCGAGGACCAAGAUGAGACGGAAUCGCUAAUGUAUGAUGACUUUGGAAUGACCCCAUUUCACGUCCUCUUCUCGACGCCUGAGCCAAGCGAAGAGCUUCUGCAGGUCCUUUUAGACAAGUUUCCGUACUAUGAUCUUGGCUGGGAAGAUGCCAAUGAUAACGUGGCGAUGGAUUACCUGGUGGCCAACUGGACUCGGGAAAACAAGGUAUUGCUGCAGAUGGCCCUGCAAAGCUGGAUGAUUGAUCGAUUGGAGCCCCCUCGUGAAUUUAUUAGCUGA